AGCUAUCGAUUAUUUGAUGAAUAUGUUAUCGAAAUAUUCUCAUUCCCAACAUAGCAUUAUUGUGCGUGUUGAUAGCGCCAAAAUUACUCGUUUUUAGUUUUGUUUUUACCAAGUUUUUAAUUAAAAAGCAAAUAUUUUCUGUUUAAACUUAAGCGAGGAAUACAACCAAUUUAGGAAGCGCUGAAUUAUAGUCCUCAUGUCAUUCUUUGGUGGCAACACAUCGCUGGGUGCGACAAGCACGCCGGCUAAACCGGGCGGCAUGUUUGGUUCAUCAUUUGGUGCGACAACCGGAGCUGCGGCACCGGCUUUUGGAAGCAAUAUGUCAACGUCUGCGUUUGGUGCCGCACCCACAGCUUUCGGUGCCCCGACUAGUGCACCGACUGGUACAUUGGGUGGUGGAUUUGGUGGUUUUGGCGCAGCAGCACCGACAAAUCAGCCUAGUUUAUUUGCAACACCCGCGAUAAGUGCGGCACCACCUGCAUUUAGUGGUUUCGGACAGCUGCCAACAUCGAGCAACGCGCCUGCUAGUGGAUUCGCGGGAUUCGGAGCAACAACAACAACGGCACCAGCUUUCGGUGGCUUUGGUGCCAGCCAGCCGUCAGCAUUUGGUGGUAGCACUUUUGGAUCAGCAUUUGGUAAGCCAGCUGCGCCGACAGUGACUCCCGGCUUUGGAGGCUUUGGCGGUACAAACUUUAUGUUGGGGCAGCCACAGCAGCAGCCUGUGCCAAUUUCGUCGGAUGAAGCGUUUGCUCAGUCCAUUUUAAAUGUCUCUAUCUUUGGCGAUGAGCGUGAUAAUAUUGUAGCCAAGUGGAACUAUCUACAGGCUAUGUGGGGUACUGGAAAACUAUUUUAUUCUCAAAGUGCUGCACCCGUUGACAUUACGCAGGAGAAUUACUUAUGUCGUUUCAAAGCCAUUGGCUACAGUCGCAUGCCUGGCAAGGACAACAAGCUGGGACUAGUCGCACUCAACUUUGAUCGGGAUUUAGCAACGAUUAAGGCGCAACAGCAACAGAUUGUACAAACAUUGCACAGUCUAAUGGGAAGCAAGCCAAAUCUAAUGGUACACAUCGACGUUCUUAAAGAGUUGGAAAACAAGAAGUGUCAAAUGGUUAUCUAUGUGGAGGAGAAAGUGCAGAUGACGCACGGUCCUAAUGAUAGCAAGCGGAUACUUGCCACUGAAUUGGCCAGUUAUUUAGGCCAGGCAGCAGUGAAAGCACAGUUGACGAAUCUGGGCUUGAUAGAAGCUUUGGCACUUACACUGCCUGAUGACGAUCAGCUGAAAGAGUAUUUAGAGAACCCUCCGCGCAGCGUUGAUCCACGCAUGUGGCGCCAGGCCAAUUUAGACAACCCAGAUGACAGUCAAUUUAUACCUGUGCCCAUGAUUGGUUUCAACGAUUUGAAAUGGCGUGUCAAAUGCCAGGAACAGGAGACCGAGACCCAUGCGCUCUACAUGAAGAAGGUGGAAGGUGAGUUGCAGGAACUACGGCGACGCCAUGCCUCGGCAACAGCUAGGAUAAUGGAGCACAAACGCAAGUUGGCCGAAAUGAGCCAUCGCAUACUUAGGAUCGUUGUGAAACAAGAAUGUACUCGCAAGGUGGGCACCACGUUAACGCCUGAGGAGGAGGCACUGCGCACUAAGCUGCAGAAUAUGCAGGCUGUCGUUUCUGCACCCACUCAGUUUAAGGGACGCCUAAGUGAGCUACUCUCCCAGAUUCGAAUGCAGCGCAGCCAAUUUGCUAGCAAUGGCCUGCCCGAAUAUGCACUAGAAAAAAGCGCUGAGGAUGAGAUGCGAACCAUAAUGACCAUGCAGCAGCACGCCAUGGAGGUGCUAAAGGAAACUGUAAACAAAGACCUGGAAGCACUGGAUAUUAUCAUAAAAGGUUUGCCCGAGUUACAGCAAACAUGAUCCCUCAUACGAACCGUGCAGAAAUUAUAUAGUUGUUUUUCUAAUAUAGAGUCAAUGAACAAGA